CAAUCGUUUUUCAUCACCGUCUACUUUUCUUCUGCAAUCGUUUAAUUUUCAAUUCCCAAUUCAAAACCCUAACUUUCUUCCAACUUCCAAAUUCUCAAUGGCACCAAAGGGAGAGAAGAAGCCAGCGGAGAAGAAACCCGCUGAGGAGAAGAAGUCCACCGUCGCCGAGAAGGCUCCGGCGGAGAAGAAGCCCAAGGCAGGAAAGAAGCUACCAAAGGAAGGUGGUUCUGCAGCAGGAGACAAGAAGAAGAAGAGAAGUAAGAAGAAUGUAGAAACAUACAAGAUCUACAUCUUCAAAGUUCUGAAACAAGUUCACCCAGACAUUGGUAUCUCAAGCAAAGCGAUGGGUAUCAUGAACAGUUUCAUCAAUGAUAUCUUCGAGAAGCUUGCUCAAGAAUCAUCCAGACUUGCUCGUUACAACAAGAAGCCAACAAUCACUUCAAGGGAAAUUCAGACCGCGGUCAGACUUGUUCUUCCUGGAGAAUUGGCCAAGCAUGCUGUUUCUGAAGGCACCAAGGCUGUGACUAAGUUUACUAGCUCUUAGACAUUUCGAUUAUGUUUAUUGGUUUCUUAGUGUUUUAAUUUUCUGAGUUGUAAUGAACUAAUGGGAUCUGUUGAUGUCUUUUGUGUAAGAAAUGGAGUUAAUGAUAUUUGACAUGAAAAUUGCUUGUAGAAUUGGGUUUCUCUCUGUUUUGAAUGAUUGAUCUAGGGGUAUCAAAGACGGAAUACAUUUUCUCAUAAAA